CAGAAAUUGCUAAAGAAAAGAUCGUCUAGCAAGCUGUGAAAUAAUUUUGUAACAAUUGCAGUUUGUUGACAUUUACGCCUGCGUGCAAAUAAUAUUAACAAUGAAAUACCUUUUAGUGGAAUUUGAAAACGCCAAUUAAAAUCGUGAAAUGCUUAUUUAAUUAUCCUAAGGUAACUUUUAACGAAUUAGUUUUUCAAUUAAUUUACAAGUCCUAUCAAUGUUUUUGGAUCCUAGAAUACCGACACAAUCUGCCGGAAUGGAAAAUAUGAGAGGAACCAAAGAAAUUGUACAACAAUCUCAAGAGCAAUGUUCCUUUAAUUCUAUGAUAUUAAAUUUUCCAUAUAGUGAAUUAGCAGUAAUCAGUUCAUUUCAAAUAAAGGAUAUAAGACAAUGCCUUCCCAUUUUAUUGGAGAUAAGCCAGAUAGAAUCGUUUUAUGCCAAUACGAAAGCUGUUCGAUAUACGUUAAACUUUGCGACGUCAAUGAUAUCAGAUUUUAAUAAUAUCAAUGAUUCCGACUUAUUGGCUGGAUUACUUAUGCUAUUAGACAAACUACUCAGAGGAUUGACAGAAUGUAACAUAACAGAUGACAUUUAUCCAAACGUUAAGGCACUCAUUGAAUUAUUGCUGUGUGUCUCAGAUUUGGAAAUAUUUUCUAAUUACUUUGCGUCUAUGUGUAAACCUAUCAUUUUAAAGCUUUUAACAUCUAAAAGCUAUGACUUUGACGAGAUAGAUGUGUUAUUAGCAGAAAUCCUUGAAAACUUUAAAAAUGUUCAAGCGGAUAAAGAAGUUCACUACAUAUCGGAUUACAUUUUACAAACAUUCCCAUUGGAGUCAGUAGCAUUUAAUGCUAGCGCUGUAUGGCUGUUAGAGGACUCUACAAAGAUACUAAGAAACGUUCAAACUAAACAUAUAGGAGAUGAAGCAGCUGUUAGACUUGUGAUUAAAAACAUGUAUACAAUUUUUAUGAAAGUCGGUAGCUCUGUACGUUUUCAUUCUCAGGUGACAAAGUAUCAAAAAAUAAUCACGAAAUUAAAAAUGAAUCUUAUGGAUCUUACACCAAAGUUAAUUGUGCUUUGUUGUACUUAUAAUAUUGGGCCCGAUGCAAGACUCCUACUAGAUUUAGUUUUACAUGACUUUUUAAAUCGACAAGGAGUAAUGGCGCGUGAUAUCGAAUUAAUAACUUCUCGAGAGAUCAAUAAGUUUCCGAAUGAUAUCCAGUCGUGGCCCUUAAAAUGUUCGAAAACAUUUUUUUGGAUUUGUCACAUGCUCUAUUAUAACCAAAGAGUUGUUUGGAGCACCAAACAAAUUGCAAUUGCAAUACGUAGGUUAAUCUACACCAAAAUACACAGAAAAGCUAUUUGUGUCCCCGUAUUAAAAUCCGUAUGCUAUAUUUUUCCUUUACUAUUAAAAGGAACACCACAACAAAGAGUGAGAAAACUUUUGAACUUGGGAGCAGAUUUGUUAAACUUCUUAUCAAUAUUUAGACCUCUUCUAGAUAAAAUUCUAUCUUUAUCAAAGUCUCAAUUAGUUUGGAUAUUGAGUUUGGCACCUCCCAAUAUAAAAAUUGGAUGUGUAAGAUUUUGGCUAUCAAAAUGUACAGAAAACCAUCUGUCAGAUUUACAGGAAGCUGUCAUUUCAACUCAUUCCGAGAAAUAUCUUAUAACUGCUGCAUUAAGUGCCAAGAACUUAAAUAUAUCAAAUCUAAAAAGAUUAAUUGGUUCUAUAAAGAAUUUGAACAGUCAAGCAGUGUAUAAUGAACUACCGAGCUUAAUAGUCAGACAUUUGGAUAACCCUGAAGCAGUUAAAAUUCUUGUUCAUACUUGCUCUCGUGGAGUUCCCUCAAAUCUAAACUUAGCUAUAAAACUAUAUGAGCACAUCAAAAUGUCUCUUAUUCUCUAUCAAACAGAAGAAAUACUGCUUACCAGUUGUUAUUAUAUUUCCAAUAUGUUAAAUUUCUACAAAAAUGACGAAAACCUUAAGAUGUUAGUUUGCUCGGAUAUUUUUUGGUUCCGAUUUCCUAUUAGUAAAAUUCAAAAAGGGAAGGAAGAACUAGUUAAAGCUAUAUUGAAGCUGUUAAAUACGAUUGUAAAAAAUCAGCCCAAAAGAUCAUGCAUAAAUGAAGUAGUACAGUUAAAGUUUUCAAAUUUACUAAAUAAAUCCGAAGAUAUUAUUGAAGAAAGCCUAAUAUUUAUGCAACAAUUAUCUAAAGUGAGGUCACCAAUAACUCUUGACGGAGAUGACGUGCUUCAAAUAUUAGAAAGUUUGCACGAUUUGGCUGAUAAUCCAUUGUUUGCAUCUAUGGUCUACAAAAGUUUAAUUGCAUUGCUGAAAUUAAACUUUCAUAUAAUCAAUUGUCCUUUAUUAGCAAUGUUAAUUGAAGAAAGAUGUUAUUAUUUAGAAUAUAAAAGAAGAAAUCGAUGUGAAUACGUGAAAUUGGUUUUACUUUGGAUAAAAGUAAUGCGGCUAAAUCCUAACAAAGAACUCUGCAAUCUUCCACAAUCCUAUGUUCUCUAUUCAUUUAUUACAAGGGCAAUGGAACUCAGUAAAGAUACUACACAACGUUAUUUGAAAUUUUUGGAUACAAUUUACAGCGAUGAAAAAAAAAAUCAUAAUAGUAAUUUCUUGUUCCCCGUAAAAAAGAGUUGGAGAUUUUAAAAAGACGUUAAAAUAUCUUUUUGUUAGUUAAAAUAUCUUUUUUAUAGUUUAGUUCGUUAAUUGCUUUUUUCUAAAAUUGUUCAUUGUGUUUUCAUAGUUUAAGUGCGUUAAGUGCAAAUCCCAUAGCGAGCAGGCAUAUUUAUUAUAACCAAACUAGAAUUUAUAUUGUUACCAUUAAUUUUGUACUCUUCAUUCAUGUAGCGGUUCAAUAAGCUAACUAGUUAGUAAAUGAGAGGUUUCAGGUCCGAAUAUUCUGAAACCGAUGCCAUCAAUUUUUAAAUUUUGCUCAAGAAAGAGAAAAAAUCUAAAAAAUUAGAAAAAAAGUCCCUUUUUUUGAAAAGAUACUCGUUAAAUUUGCACACGUGUAAAACGUAAAAUUUUUUUCAACGAAUAUUUUAAUUUUUUAUAUUUCUAUAGAGUGAAAAUUGACAAAGAAAGAAUGCACUUGGUAGAAGUUUUAAGUUAAGAGUAAAGAACACAUGGCGAAAAUUUCAAAAACGAUGCAAUAAAAGAAAUGAAAUGCACAUAACUUUAGUAGCUGUCAUUUUUGUUUAAAAUAAUUUUUUAGGGCAAAAUAUAAUGGAGAUAUUUUGAAAUAAAAUACGCAGCUUCUUCUCGAUACUAUUUUCGUAGUUUGCCUUUAUUAUAAUAUUAAUAGGAACUAAUACUCACAAAAUUAUUAUACACUUAAUAUUCACAAAAUUGUAAUAUUUGCGUAUUGAUUAAAACAGAUAUACAG